GAUUAAUAGACCACUACUUUGACAAAAUGAGUCUAGUUAAAACUGGUUCCAUAUUCUGAUCCUAACGGGCCGGUCAACAGCCCGGCAGAGUCUUUUGCCGCGGCUUUCCGCAAGACUGGACCAUAGUAUAAUAACUCCCCUCUUAGCUGUACCCCGUAUCUUACAUACAUCCUACCAGCAAAAUAAAAUGGCUAAAUCAAUCCUCCUCAUCAACGGCCCUAACCUCAACCUCCUGGGCACCCGCGAACCCCACAUCUACGGUUCAACCACCCUCAAGGACGUCGAAGAAUCAUCCAAAGCCCAAGCCACCUCCCUCGGCGCCACUCUCCAAACAUUCCAGUCAAACCAUGAAGGUGCCAUCGUGGACCGCAUCCAGGAUGCUCGUGGCAAUACCGACGCCAUCAUCAUCAACCCCGGCGCCUACACACACACAUCCGUCGCCAUCAGGGACGCGCUGCUGGGUGUGGAGAUCCCCUUCAUCGAGCUUCAUGUGAGUAACGUCCAUGCGCGUGAACCCUGGAGGCAUCACAGUUACUUCAGUGACAAAGCUGCCGGAAUAAUCAUUGGGCUGGGUGCGUAUGGCUAUAAGGUCGCCGUGGAGCAUGUUGUUUUGAAUUUUAAGCCUCUGGAGAAGAAGGCGGCAUUGUAAAUAGUGUCUCGAAUUGACAAUACCUGUUCACAUGUGUAAUGCUGUAGAUAUCCUAUGUGACUACUUUCGCCCUCAUGUCGAAACACUCAUCUCUUGAAAUUUAGCGUUGAGUCGCUCAUUAUUUGUGACUCCCGCCUGAGGGUGUUUGUCUCUGGAGAUGCCAAUGGCUGCUGGGCUGGGUUUAAGAGGAAUGGAUCUGUCUGGCUGGUGUAUGGAUACAAUUCAGGAAUGCCUGCCUCUGGGACAAAUCCUAAGUUUUGCAUAAACUCAGGUUGGUUAUCCAUCCUAUAAUUUUGGAGUUUAGGUCAGUGUUCCGCUAGUCUUGCAGUUGGCAUAAAUAGGACCCCACCUCUCUGUGCCGUCAAGCGACG